AUGGGAACUGUAGCUCUAAGUGUAGUUGUUCCUUCUUCGGGCAUUAUUAACCAACUACCAGCAAAACAUUAUCUUCAAAAACCAUUCUCAGCAAUUCAAAAAUCAAAUUUCGGGACGUCAGUUGAUGAACCAAAUGGCAUUAGAUCGUCACACUCACCAGUUAAUACCUUCAAAUAUAACAGUGUUUUGAGCUCACUUGUGAAAAAUGGUAAAUUAGAAGAAGCACAUGGACUUUUUGAUGAAAUGCAUCAAAGAAAUGAGGUUUCUUGGGCUACGAUUAUAUCUGGUUAUACUCGGUCUGGAGAUUACUUGAAAGUACUUGAUUUGUUGGAUGAGAUGUGGAAGGAAGGUUUUAGACCUAAUGAAUUUGCAAUGGGGAGUCUCAUUAAGGCGAGUUCGGGUUUGAAGGAUGUUUGUGUAGGUCAGCAGUUGCAUGGGUGGUGGAUACGUAGUGGGUAUGGGAUUGAUGUUUAUGUUGAAACUUCGCUUGUAAAAAUGUACGCGAACGUUGGGUGUUUAUCUGAUGCUCAACGGGUUUUUGAUGGGGUUUCUGUUUCGUGUUUGAAAGAUGGUCCUUUAUGGAAUUCGAUUAUAGGUGCUUAUGUGCUUCAUGAGUGUUGGAACGAGGCAUUUGAAUUGUUUUGCUGUAUGGUUGCAACUGUAAGUGUUGCACCCACGAAGUUUACUUAUGCUAGUAUGAUUAGUGCUUGUACUAAUGCGAGAGAGGAGAGGUACGGGAAGAUAAUUCACGGAAUGGUGAUCAAAUAUGGCGAAUUUGAUGACACAAUGAUGGGUAAUUCUCUUGUUACAUUCUAUGCCAAGUGUGGGAUGUUACAAGAUGCAAAUAGAGUUUUCGAGAGUAUACGUACGAAGAGUGUUGUUUCCUGGAACUCAAUCAUUGCAGGUAACGAACAGAAUGGGGAAGAAGAGGCAGCAAUUGAUUUAUUCCGUAGGAUGAUCGAAUUAGGACAUUCUUUACAACCGAAUCGUAUCACCUUCCUUAGUGUACUUAGUUCUGUUUCUAAGCUGUCAGCUUUAACUCUUGGGAAAAAGAUACAUGCUCGUUUGAUCAAAUCUUUUCUUGAACCAGAAACAAGCAUAUCUAAUUCCUUGAUCACAAUGUACUCUAAAUACAAAGAAGUGGGAAAAGCCAGUCUGGUUUUCGAGAAGUUGCCUUUCAAGGACAUGGUCACUUGGAAUUCAAUGAUCACAGGGUUUGAUCAAAAUGAGCUACCAGAAAAAUGUCUUGAGCUCUUCAAGAAAAUGCUAUCACUAGGAAUUAAGACGGAUGAUCAUACUUACACUGCUAUUCUUGCUGCACUUUCAUCCUUGCCAUCUGAGUUCAGGUAUGUAAAACUGGGCAAGGAAAUCCAUGGCUAUAUAUUGAGGAGGGCUGUACUAAAUGGUGUGACCACUUUUACAUCUAAUGCCAUACUUAGCAUGUAUGCUAAGAGCACUCAGAUCGAAAAUGCAGAGAAACUUUUCAAUGGAAUGAGUGAGAAAGAUAACUACUCAUGGAACGCCAUGAUGGAUGGGUAUUCUAUUAAUGGUCGUCCUGAAGAUAGUAUAAAAAUCUUUCUAGAUAAACACGAGAAAAACUUGCCAUUUGAUUAUUUAACCUUUUCAAUUGUUCUUACAGCUUGCGGCAGAUUGGUUUCUUUCAAUCUUG